UUUUUAUUUUUAUUUACAUCUUUGCUGCCGGUGCUUUGGUCAAACCUAUUGGGCCAUGGAUAUCUUCUUCUCCUCUUCUACCCUUUCAGAAAACCUGCUCUCUCUUAUCUUUUUAGGCCCGACAGAGGGUCGGAGUAGCCUCUCGUUUGGGCCGAGCUGAGAAAAGCGGCGACGAUGAGUUCCCUUCUCCUCCUCCUAUUCUUCCUCCUUAUUCCGGGCUAUUCCGCUCUCCCCUUGUGCACCGAUUCCAGGGCGCCGGUGACGCUGAAGAAGCCGCUGAGCUUCUGCUCUUACAAUGGGAGCAGCUGCUGCAACGCCACGGAUGACUCGGCGCUCGAGAAGCAGUUCAAGUCCCUGAACAUCUCGGACUCGGCUUGCGCCGCGGUCGUCAAGUCCAUCCUCUGCACGAAAUGCAAUCCAUUUUCAGCUGAGCUAUUCAAUAUCAAACAAAAUCUUCAAGGGGUUCCUGUUUUGUGCAACUCUACUGCUUCAACAAACUCUUCCCAGUCCAAGGAAGCUACAACAGAUUUCUGUACACAGGUCUGGGAUACUUGCAAAGAUGUACCUAUAUGGAAUUCUCCAUUUGCUGGACUACCAGUUUCUUCAUCCAAACUUACUGAUAUCUGGCAAUCCAAAAAUGACUUUUGUACGGCAUUUGGAGGAUCAUCUGGUGAUGAGUCAGUAUGUUUUGAUGGUAAAUCAGUUUCAUUUAACAGUACAACAAAUUCAACCACUCCUAAAGGAUUAUGUCUUGAGAGAAUUGGAAAUGGGUCUUACAUUGACAUGGUAGCUCACCCUGAUGGGUCUAAUCGUAUCUUCUUCGCUACCCAAGCUGGGAAGAUAUGGUUGGCAACUGUUCCAGAACAAGGAUCUGGAGGAACAUUGGAAAUCGAUGAACCAAACCCUUUUCUUGAUUUGACCGAUGAAGUUCAUUUUGAUACUCAGGUUGGACUAAUGAGUCUGGCAUUUCAUCCAAACUUUACAACCAAUGGGCGUUUUUUUGUUUCAUACAAUUGUGAUAAAGUUCAAUCAGCAAGCUGUUCUGGAAGAUGUUCAUGUAAUUCUGAUGUGGGCUGUGACCCCUCAAAGCUUGGUUCUGACAGUGGUGCCCAACCAUGUCAAUAUCAAAGUGUUGUUGCAGAAUAUACUGCAAAUGGUUCCUCAUCAACACCUUCCACGGCAACAUCUGCCAACCCAUCUGAAGUCAGAAGGAUUUUUACCAUGGGGCUUCCAUUUACAUCACAUCAUGGAGGGCAGAUCCUUUUUGGACCUGUAGAUGGAUAUUUGUACUUUAUGAUGGGAGAUGGUGGGAAUAAAGGUGAUCCUUUCAAUUUUGCUCAGAACAAAAAAUCUUUGCUUGGAAAAAUCAUGCGGCUUGACGUAAAUAACAUACCAAGUCAGAAGGAAAUAAGUGACCGUGGAUUAUGGGGAAACUACUCUACUCCAAAGGACAAUCCAUCCGUCGAUGAUAGUGAAUUGCAGCCUGAGAUUUGGGCCUUGGGUCUAAGAAAUCCAUGGCGCUGUAGUUUUGAUUCAGAAAGGCCUUCUUAUUUUUUUUGUGCUGAUGUCGGGGAGGACACAUACGAAGAAGUAGAUCUUAUCACAAAGGGUGGAAACUAUGGAUGGCGUGUUUAUGAGGGACCCGAUCUUUUCCAUCCGACAUCGACUCCUGGAGGAAAUACAUCACUUAGCUCUAUAAAUCCCAUCUUCCCUAUUAUGGGAUAUACUCACUCAGAUAUAAUUACAAGUGUGGGAUCUGCAUCGAUCAUCGGAGGUUAUGUCUCCAGAUCCAUGACAGACCCGUGUAUGUAUGGAAGGUACUUGUAUGCAGACUUGUAUGCAAUAAUCAUGUGGGCAGGUACAGAGGUCCCUGAAAGUAGUGGGAAUUACAGCAGCGCCAAGCUUCCUUUCAGCUGUGCCAAGGAUUCUCCUAUUCCCUGUGACUCUGUUGCUGGAAGUCCCCUUCCAUCACUGGGCUAUAUAUAUUCAUUUGGUGCGGAUAACAACAAAGAUAUUUUCUUUUUGACCACAAAGGGAGUCUAUAGGGUUGUUCGGCCAAGCCGAUGUAAUUAUGUCUGCUCGAAGGAGACUACAACUGAUACUGGGACUCCAUCCCCUGGUCCUUCCUCAUCUGCAUCACGAUUGGAGAAUCUGCCAGGAAAAACUGUGAUGUUUGUGCUUUCACUCUUCUUGCUGCUUCUCAGUUUUAGCUUUUAAGGGACCAGCGAAGGCAGGCUUUCUGCGAACCAUCUCAUGUAGAUGCUAUGUAUGUGGCUUUUAAAUAGCUAUGAGAUAGGUAGGGCGUACAGGCGAAAUUAUGUUUUAUAUAUGAACAAAUAUCACAUAGUUUCAGAUGACUUCUUGUGGAUGGUUUUGCCAUUGUAACUCAAUGCAUUUGUUCAUGAUAAUCUAUAUGGAACGUUAGCUUCAUUUAA